AUGACGUGGCGUGAGCUACGAAGUCGGCAGUUCUGGUGCGCCAUCCUUGCUGAGCUGCUCGGCACCAUGAUCCUAGUGAGCGCUGUGUUGGGGGCCUCUAUGCCGGGCCCGGGAGAGGCCUCCACGGGACCCCUGUACCCAGCAGUGGCAGUAGGGGUGUCAAUUAUUGCGCUGGCACACUGUUUUGGAGAAAUAAGCGGGGCACAGGUGAACCCUGCAGUGACUCUGGCUCUGUUGGCCACUCGCAGGCUGGAUGUUCUCAGGGCCGUUGUUUAUAUCGCUGCACAGUGUUUGGGGGCCACUUUAGGAGCCGGGGCCCUCUACCUGGCCCUGCCAGUCAAAUCCACUGCAGACAUUUUCGUCAACAGGGUUCCCAUAGAGCUGAAUGCAGCCCAGGCUCUGGGCAUGGAGGUGUUGUGCACCUUCCAGAUGGUUUUCACCGUGUUCUCAGUGGAGGAUCAGCGACGGAGGGAAAGCACAGAACCAGGAAACCUCGCCAUAGGAUUAGCCCACACUGCUGGAGUGCUAAUAGGGGGGCGCUUCUCCGGUGCCAGUAUGAACCCUGCACGCUCUCUGGGUCCAGCCAUCAUCACGGGUCUAUGGGAAAGCCACUGGGUUUAUUGGCUUGGCCCGGUGAUGGGCUCCAUACUGGCUGGAGUGUCCCAUGAGUUCUUCUUUGCACGCAGCGCCUCUCGCCAGAAGUUUAUGGCAUGUCUGACCUGUAAGGACAUCGAGAUUGUUGAGGCGGCCAGCAUCACGGGAUCGUCUCUGUCCACAGUCACACAGAACGCCAUCAGAGCCAAACAGGCCAACAACUGA